CCAUGGGACUCUCCAGAUGUUCUACAUUGGACUCUACACUUCUAAUCCAGGCAGCUUCAAUCCGGUCCAAGUGGAGUUUGAGCUGCAGACAGAGGUGACAGAAGACCCACCUCUCUUCACACUGACGUGCAUCAGUGAGGGUUCACCUGUCACGAGUGUAGUGUGGGAAAGAGAGGGGGAGGAGAUUGUUGACGAUGCUAACCAUUCCUCAAGCCAGAUUGUUGUGAAUGCAGUUGACAUUGUCUAUCACAAUGUACUGAUGGUGCGAGGGAGAAAUGGAGGGGAAUAUACGUGCACCGUCUACAAUAGCAUGGGGGACAUUCAGUGGUAGAACAAUUGACGUUAGAGUGGCUACAGGAGCAACCAAUCUAAUGGUAGAACAGACGGACAACAGUGGAACCAGCAUCAUAAUAACCUGGAGUCUCCCCUCAUUACCAACACCCACUGCAAGUGGGUUCACCGUGCUCUACGAAACCUCUGACACCAGGACCAGCGUCUCUGUUGAUCUCUGUACUGAGUGUGAACUCAUUGUAUCGGGACUAAUUAGAGGGGUCCAACUACAGUGUUUGGUUGGUGCCACGUUUUUCAUGUCACCGGCAUCAGUUACAGAGGAAAUAGGCAGUGAUGUGAGACUUCAGUGUGGGGCUGAUGGAUACCCAGCCCCUAUCAUCCAAUGGUUUCACUUCAGGAGUGUUGUCACUGGUACUGGCAAUAGCGAUAUCAGUGAAGAGAUGAUCAACUCUACAGCUGUUGUCAGUUCUCUUGUGAUAAGGGGUCUCCAUACUGUCCAGUACGGCCAGUACUACUGCAGGGCUAAUGGUCUAGUGGACAGUGAACCAGCCACGCUCUCCUUCACUGGUGAAAUCACCGUGGACAAUUGCGAAGAGGUUUACGACUUAUCCUCCAAUGUGACUGUUUCGAUCGCGAGGACCACGUGUUUCCGAUGCCCUGGUCAAGGUCCUGUGCUAAAGUGGCUCAUCAAUGGUCAGCCAGUCAACAGAUCCACUGGAGUGACUUCGGACGAUGGAGUUCUGGCUGUGUUCCUAGCAAUUCAAGCUUUCAACAUUGAGUCACCAACAAUGCUUGCAUGCAUGACCCAAAGCCUUACGAGCGCGUUUUACAUAAAAUUAGAAGGACCUCCGGCAGAUUUUGGUCUAGUAGCAAAGACACACACUAGCCUCUCGUUUAGUUGGGGGCUCCCCCUCAUGCGCGGAACACUCGCUGGCUACCUCUUGAAGUGUCGUCCUACUGUUAUGGGAAUCGGCGAUCCGCCUGUUGUGAACACCACGGAGCAGAGUGCCAGCCUGUUCUCCCUGAGUCCAGGAGUUCUCUACUUCUGUACAGUUACUGCAGUGACUGUGGGCAGCGUAAUGUCACCCCCUGCUACUAUCACCGCUUCUACACUUGAAUCAGCCCCAACAGGGCCACCACUUGGACUAACAGCGGAGGCAAUUGGAGCGAGAAAUAUCUCGUUUACAUGGCAACCCCCUGAGCCACACCUCCAAAAUGGCAAAAUCAUAUUUCACACAAUCGCGUGCAGUCCAAUCCCCCUCUCUCCCUUUCCUCUUGUGACUGAGACAAAGACAGUGAUGUUUGGGGGAUUCUCGCCUUUUACAACCUAUAGCUGCUCUGUUCGUGCAACAAACAGUGCUGGGACUGGACCACCAGCAUAUGUCAAUAUUACAACGGCAGAUGAUUCUACUCUCUUUCAAGUGAAGGUGUUAGGUUUAAGCAAUUGUCCAUCAUGGAUAGAGGAGAAUAAGGAAGAAAAAGUGGCUGACGUGACAUCAGCCAUAGUGCACAACAUCAAUGUAAGAUGCAACUGCUCCUUUACCAGCAAUAGCCUGCUGGAUGGUGAAUUCUAUUGUUUCGACAUGGAUUCAAUAAGUGUGACAUACAGAGGGAGGCUGCGAGGGUUGGCUAAGGUCAACAGCUCCAAUCUAACGGCCUAUGUAGCGGCAUGGGUGGCCACCGGAGGCACCAUCCUGCUCCACAAUAUCAUCUUCCAUUUAGACAGUCGCUGCAUGGGUGAAGUUGUCAUCAAGGACCUCCUGAGCCCCGAGUGUGCACCGACCAUUGUUGAAGGAAGUGUCCCCGAUGGACCUCUCAGUGGGGGAGAGAUAGGGGCAGCCACAGUGGUUUCGCUGGUGACUGCUGUGAUAGGACUCGUGGGAGUAGCACUUGGGAUCAUUUUUAAAGAUAAAAUUCAGGAACGCUUAUGUAACCUAAGAAACAAAGGUGAAACAAACGCUGACGAAACCAAGAAGGAUGUUACAAUGAAGAAUAAAUCUUGUGAUUCCAACGGACUUCUCAAAGAGCAUGACAACAACAUGACAGUGACCCCUCUCUAAGUUAGAGAUGAUACCAUUUUUACUGUGCAUGCAACUCACUGCUCUUUUCUACAAAGUUGUAUAUAAAACUUUAGUGUUUUAGUUUUUUGUGAACUCUCACCGCAAAAUAAUGUUGAUG